AUGGAUCAUUUUGCAAGCAUUUGGACUGUGGUUGUGUUUUUAACUCUACUGAAAAACGCAGGUAAGCCGUACAGCCUAUAUGUUAACUUGAUUGUAUGUAGUCCACAAUUUUUUUUAGUGUAGUAUAUAUUACAAUAUCAACGCUAGCUAACUGAUUUGACGGCUUGGAUAGCACGAAUACAAAUUUCGAACCAUGUGUGAUCCCAGCGCUCGCCGCUCGUAAAGACAUUUUAGGCAUACGAUUGUUGUGCAUAUAUUAACAACUACACUGUAAGACAAACGGAGUGGUCUUUAAAGCUGUUACUCUUGACUUCCAAAGAUUAAAGUAGUUUAAUGUGAGACUACAGAAAUUUGUUCAUCAGAAACAAUCUAAGUCCACCGGAGGGUGUUUAAUUUCGAGAACGCACUCACAAACGUAUCAGCGUUCAUUUACGGCCUUUCUGCGGACUACAAGUCAAAGAUCGCAAACGGCCAUCGCAUUGGAUUGGCGCUGUCACUCAUAAUAGUAGGCGAAGUUAAAUUGAAACAAUGUUUUUGUAAAAACGUAAGAUUUAAAUGAUACUCUGCAAACGUUCUACCAAAGAGGUUUCAUAUAAAUUUGAAUGGUUACACCAUAGGAUUUCCUGAUACACAGCAUCAAAAGUUAGAGUUACAUACUAAAGAAAUAAUACCAUGUGAAAGUACUGGUGAAGAGGUUUUAUUUGAAUGGUAACACCAUAGGAUUUCAUCCACAGACUCAAAAGUUAGAACUGCGUACUAAAUAAGUAGUACCAUGUGAAAGUACUGCUGAAGGGGUUUCAUUUGAAUGGUAACACCAUAGGAUUUCAUCCACAGACUCAAAAGUUAGAACUGCAUACUAAAUAAAUAGUACCAUGUGAAAGUACUGCUGAAGAGGUUUCAUUUAGAUGGUAACACCAUAGGAUUUCAUCCACAGAAUCAAAAGUUAGAUUCUACAUAAUAUACUGAAUAGUACCAUGUGAAAAGUACCACUGUAACUCGGUUAUGAUAUAAUUUUUUGUAGAAUUUACCGUUGUCAUAUAUUCUUAUUUCACAAUGUCUGCUAGUCGAAAGCCUAUUCAAAGUAAUAGUAUAGAAUGAGCGCAUGGCUUCACCUGGGUUUCCAUUAAAAAUACAUGUUCUAUAUUCUUUGCAGGAAGUGAAACUCUAAAGGCGUCGAAAAAGGUAAGCCGAGCGGGGAACUGGUAUGACUUAUGUCCGCGAAGGCUCUAUGGAUCGUUUGGAGAGACAGCAAAAACAUUGCGGACAGCAGCAAGCCAUCUGUUAAAAGACGCUGUCAAGGUCCCAAAAACACAUACGUAUUGCAAUUCAGGGUCCGUCUUUAAGAAUCCUGUAAUAAUCGAAGAAUUAGUUGCAUUUUUGAAACUUUUAUUUGCAUUUUGGAACGCAGCACUUGUAGUGCGCCAUGUGCUGUCCUUCCAAACGAUCCCAAGAAGCUUUGUGGUCUCAUAUCGUACCCAGUUUUUAACUCGUUUAGAACUAACAUGUAGCAGUGCGUGUUUUGAAUGAGAUAGCUGUUCGAACAAGACUUAAUUCGCCUAAAAAUUGAUUAUGUUACUAGGUAAUACCUUAAGUUGACAUCGAGAACAUAAAGAACACAAGCGCUGAACAAGCUCCGUUAGCAUUGAAGCAGUUCAGUAGCAUUGUAGUUAGCAUUGCAGUGAUAACCGAAAUCAAUUUCGAUCGUGAAGUUUAAUUUUAUUUACUUUUUUUUACUUAUUUCCUCUCAGAAUCUUCAUCAUCACAUGACCAAGAGAGAAGUAGAGUAUUUAUUUGGCGUCAAAGAUCAUUCUGAAAGUAAGCGAUGUUUGGAACCUAUUCGGUAGCGCUAUCAGGAGCUCAUUAUCCUACAGAGUUCAUCGGUCACAAUAAGUGUGGCAGCGCGUUGGACGUUCAUCUAUAUUUAGAUUUCUUUUCCUCCUAUAUAUAGAGCGUUUUCACUCAUGAGGUCAAAAGCUAUGCAAAUUUAUUGGAACAAAAUAACAUUUUUACAUAACAAAAAUUUUCAACUCCCACAGGACUGGUUUGGAACACCAACAUGGCUGACGUUUCAUCGUUAUUAAGCACCAAUAUGGUGGACGUGACGUCAUGUUAAAACGCUCUAUUUGCUUCGUUCACGAACGUACACACAAUAGAAUAUGACUACAUUUGUAGAAGAUUAGAAAGAGACCUGGCGUCUUGUUCUUCGAACAACUUAGGUCUCUUUGCUUAACCCUUUAAACCCUAAGAUUAAAAUUAACAUUCUCCUUUGUCGCCCCUAUUCAUUUACUAUAGAAGUAGUGGGGAGAAGUUGAUAAAAUAUCAAGCAAACACAUUCUCUGUGAUCAUGUCCUUAAUUCUCAUGACCACUCUGUUUUACAAAGCAUUGCUAUAACAAGGAGAAAUUUGAUACUUAUCACUGGUUUAACAUCCACCUUUCCUGGAAAUACUGCUCUGCUCAGAUGGCUGAGAGCACUAAAGAUGAAUCUACAAAUGAUCUGUUAAUCUAACACAUUGUAACCUAAGCCUAAUGUGACAAAUGGACGCUCGGAGUUGUUUGGCCCCUGCGCUCGCAAGCUCGCACGAUGCUGGGCCCACUCUAUCCAACUGUUUUUGUAAAUGGGUAGGGGCUGUUGAGUAACCCGCGAUGGAUUUGCUUCCCGUUCUGGGGGAUGGGGUUGGUAGAAAUAUUCCUAGUUUCUUCAUGCCAUGGAAACCUGGAUAAGCUCCAGCCUGGUGGACUACUCGACUAGAGUACAAACUUGACCUCAGUAUGCGUGUCCAUUCCUUUUAUCUGCAGUUCCCGAAUAUGACGUAGCCACACCGCACGAAACAGAGUCAAAUGGAAGAAUGAUGUCCCCCUUCGGUCGCAGACGGCGCUCGUCUAAUACAGAUCUUUUACACUAUAAACUUCAUGCAUUUGGAUCUAAGUUUCGGCUGAAGCUAAAGCCAAACAAAAUGCUUAUGACGCCAAACUUAGUCGUCGAGAGACACCACGGAGGGGGAAGAGUUUCUGCUCACCCUGUGCCUGAAAAUAAAUUCUACUUGGGAAAGGUGUCCUCGCAUCCAGACUCCCUGGUGGCCGUGAGAAGCGAUAAAGGACUGGUAAGGCUAGGAUUUUAAACUUUGUUCUUUUUGCUGGUUCUGCUUCCGCAGCACCAGCAAAUAGAUAACUUAAAACCGCGGCAGGAUAAGCUCAGUCGGUAGAGCGCUUGCCUGCAGAGCGGAAGGUCGCGGGUUCGAUCGCUGUGGCCGGACCUAUACUCAGAGUCUCAAAAUAACUGAGAAGUAAAGGUACUACCGUUGCCCUGCAAACGAGUAGACCUUCGCGUGGCUCGUAUGACCACGUAAAAUGGCGCUCCCGUCUCCAGUAGGAGACGUAAAAAUAGUAUUCUCAAUUCGUACUUUGGUGCUAACUACAUUGAAACGCAAAUAAAGUGCGUUAUGAAUUUUCAUUUUUGAUUCUGUUCGUGUUGAACAUUUAGACACCUCUAUUGGAAAGCUUUUUAAUCACAGUAAUAAGUACAGUACGGUGAAUGAAAAGACAAGUCAACAAUAAAAUUAUAAUGAAAUAGGAAAAUAUACAGCAGGUUUAGUUAGAGCAAUUUAAGUUUUUAUCCAAACCUCCAGUCUGUGGUAGUCAAAGUAACAGAGCCUUUGAGUUGAUCACUGCUUACCGUAGAGAUAUCGGAAAGGGGAAACUGAACUAAAUAAUUCAACUUUCCAAUGGUAGAUCUAUCGUAACUCAAAAAAUCCUCCACAAUCUUGGAUCAUGACCACUUUAAAGGAAAAGUAACAUAUUCAUAUAACUUUUUCAUUCCAAUAGUCCGGCAUGAUAAGGACGUCAGAGGACACUUUUUUCGUCCAGCCUCUCCCUGCACAUUUAGCAAAGCGCGUGAGGAGAAGCACCGACAGAACGCCUCAUCUGAUUUACAGAGCUUCGUCGUUGAAACUUGGCAACUCUAGCUGUCAAACGAGCAAUUCAUCAGGUUUGUAUUGAGUUGUCGUGUUUUAGAAGUGCGAUAUGUGAAUAGUGUGUGAAUAGGGGUUAAUGUGCACCAACCGUGUAGUUGAUUUCACACCGCCGACAGAUCAUUCUUAUUACAGACCUUAUUUUUCUUAUUAACCUUUUAAGCCCCAAUACCCACAUACAAAUUCUCCAAACUGAUCUCUAUACAUUUCCUUUAAGAAUUAGUUACGAGAAUUUGAUUAAAGAUCAAAUUAUUUUCUCUUAGGUAAUCAUUUUAUUAAUUCUCAUAACCUAAUCUCAUGAUAAUGUAUGAAUAUCGUCAGGAGAAAAUUGCUGUUGGUCACUAUUGGGACUUAAAGGGUUAAAGACCGUUUUCUCUGUAUCAGUACGGGGAGAUUGUGUCUCUCAUGUCUCUCUCGCAACUUAAAUGUUGCAGCAAACUUUGUGAGAGGAAUAUAUUGAUUCCACUUUGUACAAUGCGGGAUACCUCAGAGAGGUGGUGCAAGGCAUGAUCUUUUCAAAGGGUGUUUUACGACGUAUAACAGGCAUUAUUAUUCAUUCAAUAUAUUUCCCCGUAUCUGAUUGGUUAAAACCACACGUGUUAUUCACCAUAACCAGCUGCUGUUAACCAAAUUUGAAAAGAAUUUUGUCAUGUUGAACCGAUGACGUCAAAAUGACGUCAAAAGUGCAGCCUUGUUGCAGUUCUUGAACUGUUGACCGAGAAAACCUGGGACGAGGUUGAGUUGUUUUGGUAAUUAGAACAAAAUGGCGGAACUGUCACGGAACAUUUUCCUCGUUUCACCGCGAAAUAUUGUCUUAAAACAUUGCAAGAACAGCAAGAGGACAACUCGCCGGACAACAUCUGCUAUUUGGAGUAUAUUUGCAGACCUGAGCAGACAUUAAUCUCCUAAACUUCCUGAUACAGAUGCAUUAUCGAUAUGAACUUACAUCGACCGAGGCUAGCAUCUUUUAGCUUGUUCUUGGAAUUAGUUUGAAGGCAUAAUAAAACAAUUAUUGAAUUCAGCUUUCCUAGGAUAUGAAGAAUUCUGCAGAUCGAGGAGGGUGUUAUCCAAAGAGGCCGAAGGCCUCGAUCUGCAAAAUUCUUCAUAUCCUACUCAGCCUCAUUCAGUAAUUGCUAAAUAUGUCUUGUCAAAUUGCAAAAUCGCAGUUAAUAUUGAGGCCGAAAAGUAACUCUUUUUUACUCAAGGCAGUUAAAUACAUUUUUUUUUUAACUGUUUUACGUUUGUUUCUCCUUGUAGUUAACGACCCUUACAGGGGGUCAAAACAUGUGCAUGACAGAAAGCGUCGGGCCGCUAGUGGUUAUAAAUUUAUGGAAGCUGCCUUGGUUGUUUCUCAAGACUAUGUUAACAAGUACGGAGAAAAGGACUUUGCUACAGUACUUCUUGUCAUUGCUAACAUGGUAUGUAUGAUCUGUGGGGAUUCUUUACCUCACAUUUAAAUAAAUGUCUCCGAGUGUUUAGCCAUAAGAGCCUCAGACUGCGAGUUUAUUACAUAUGCACAGCAAAACAUCUCGACGUCACAACAGACUCUCAUACGCUCAUGCAAACACGCCUCUCGGCCAAUCAGAGCACGAGUACUAUCUUAUUCGUUUUAUUAAUCAGAAUUAAACCGUACACUGCUGAACCUCUCAUAACCGUCCAUGUGGAUCCACGUCCCUUGUACCGUUAGUGACGUCAUCAUUUUUUAGCGGUCAUAGGCCUAGGCCCGACGUCGAACUUUUCAUGAGACGAACUAAACUCUAAAUUGGGUCGACCUAAAUUGAGUUAAGAUCGUCUGUUAGUUUAUUUCGUCGCAUGUGAAGAUCUACGUUUUUCCCGGAGACGAUCUUCAGACGCGCUAUCCGUCUGAAGCAGUCACACAGAACGUGUUGGACGAUCCAAACUCAUUCAGACGAACUUAACUGAGCCAGACGUCGAACGUUUCAUGAACUUAACUCACUAAGUUUGGUUCGUCUCAUGAAAAGUUUGACGUUCGGCCUAGGCCAUAGUCAUCUUUGACUCCUAAUUUGUGCAGAGGGGAAGAGAUCUUUCGAAACGACCGUACUCGAAUUAUUACGCUUGAGUCAAUCAGGCUAGAGAAAAACGAAAGAAACCACAUAAAGGAGCCUGAGUAUAGCCGCCCUCUCCCCUCAAGUGAAAAAAAGGGGAAAAUUUUUUUCUUAAAGGGAGGGGAAGGCUAUGCACAGGCGACAUGUAAAGUUGACCAGAAAUUUCCAAUUAAAAUCUCGUUCCACUACCCACCCGCACAAGAGAUUCCAUUUGUUGUUUUUUACCUUAGGUUGCUGGAAUGUUUCGAGAUUCUUCAAUUGGAGCAACAAAGGUGUAUUAUGUGGUCAAAAAAAUAAUUCGUAUCAAUUCAACGAAAGACGAGGUACGUACAAUAGAGCGCUUAAGCAACAACGACGGCGACGGCUACGAAAACGUCACUAAAAAGUGAAUUUGCGCCACUUCAAACUUUAUCGCGCUUAUUCCACCUCGUCAGUUCGUAAAAUGUUGGUAAAUUUUUCUGGAGUUGAAUUUUAAAAGACUGUAUCAAAGUUCAAGAAAAGGAAUAAGAAAGUCGUUGUCUUGUGUUCACGUCCUGGACAAAACGUGAAAUUAGGCACUUUCACGUUGUAGUCGUGCUGCAAUAGCCUCCGAAAACUUCCGUUUCUCCUCUCUCUUUGCCGCUGGGGACGUUUCGCGCGUUCCUCUGCGCGAAACGAGCCAGGAGAAACGGAUGUUUUCGCAGGCUAUGUUGCAACGGCAAAGAAAUGUUCAAAAAAGAGUGAUACAGGUGCAAAGUUGUUGUUUUGUCAAUCAAUCUAAACCUAUUGCUUUUUGCCGUCGCUGUUGUCUCCCUAAUAAUUGAGAGAUUAAGAUUCAUGUUUACACCAAACGGGCAAACGUGAAUUUGUACCACGUGACCAAGUUUCCCCCUUAAUUGUCGUUUACUGUUUAGUACUUUUACACAGAAAUAAGUAGUUUCACACCAGUUUUAUCCAUAAGAAUUGUACUGGACAGUUUUUAUCUGCAUAUUUUCUAUUCUGAGAAAUUCUCAACUUGAAUCCGACGUUUGCCGUUUGCCGUAAACGUGACUCUUAAUCUCUCUAAUACUUUAAGGGUACUGUGUCACGGCUGGCUAGCCUUCAUUUUGUUUAUGACGUCAAUUACGCAUUCUUAUUCGCUAUGGAACUUGGUCUUGUGAGCGACAAAAUCACAGCUUCAGUUCAUAGAAAUAUAGAAACCUGUUAGGCUAACAAGUUACUGCGCUUUUCACAGACAUGCGAAUUCUUAAGUUCAAAAGCUAACUGACGAUUGCGUUUUUCGCUGCCGUCAAUCAUCUCAACGGACCUCUUAGAAAACAAAACUACACUUUAACGGGUUCAAAAGGUCAUGGUUUGUGAUUUGUGAUUGGUGGAUUUCAAUCCGUUUUGUGUGUUUCUGUGUUUCAAGGUUCGUUGCUUGUGAUCAUAAUUAUGAUUGACGGCAGCGAAAAACGCAAUUGUGAAGGCGGCUUUUGAACUUUAGAGUUCGCAUUUUUGUGAAAAGCUCAGUAUGAACCACAAUUACAUAUGGCGUUUCAAUGUUCUGCAAAUUUGUCUAUCCCUGCCUCCUUUUGUAUUUGGCGUGUUAUUCACACCUUCCUGUGACGGUUUGAGAGGUGUUAGUAAAUUUCGUGACACAGCUCUUAUAAUAGGCUGAUUUAGCAACAGAAUGGGAACGUCAUUUUACGACAGGAAAGCACGCAGAAAUGACCAAAUACGACUGGCAACCAAUAUGGUUUUAGGAAAAAUCGUUCUCCUUACCUUGCGCCGACAAAAUUUCUGCUGCCUUUGACAAAAAAGAACAUGCUAUUGGAGUAUUUCUAGAUCUCUAGAAAGACUUUGAUAGGUCAACCACGACAUUCUUUUCAACAAACUUAAACACUAUGGAGUUUGGGGGUCUUCCUCUAGAAUGGGUCAAAAGUUACUUCUGCAAUGGGUCACAAUUUGUCGAAUUCAACAACUACAGGUUUCUGGGUGUUCUUCUAGAUGACAAUGUAACCUGGAAAUCUUAUUUAUCAGGGGCACCCAACGUCAAUUUUUGGAAAAUAUCUGUUCGGGAGACGAUUUGGGAUCUAGAAUUUUCGGAACAUUUGUUGUAAAAUUUCUUGCUUUCCUGCCUCUCCUAGGAUUUUCGAAGAUCUAAAAAAUGGUAUAAUUUCCUAUUUUUAACGGAUUUUUACGAUAAAAAGGUCAUCUAGAAUUUUCGGCAGCCUUUUUUCUGGCUGAAAUUUUCGAAAAGGUAAGUUUUGAUCCCUAUAAUUUUCGGAUCACUAGACUUUCAGCUAGGAAAUCCGAACAGAUGAAAACUUUUUAGAGGAUAAAAAUAUACCUAUAUCUAUCGUUUAAAUCCUAAAAUAAGUUUAACAAUGCUAUGUUUAAGUGGUUUUGAACUAUAUUCUCGUUGGGUGCCCCUGAUUUAUCUUUCGUUGCCACGAAAAUGUCUAAAACCUAUAGGCAUCAUUCAUAAAUCUAGGUUAUUUUCUCUCUCUACUCACUCUCUUCGUACCAUAUAUAAUUCAAUGAUCCUUCCAUAUAUACAUUAUUGCAAUCUAGCUUGGGAAUGUACCUACAAAUCUAAUCUUAACUGAAACGAUAGUUAUUUUACAGAAGCGCGCACUAAGAAUAGUAAGCAGGUCUAGGUUCGAUGCCCAAACUGACUAAGUUGGAUGGCGCAAUGUUAAAUGUAAAUACUCACAACGCAGUUUCUUUUUGCACUAAUUACUCUUCUCUGGUCGCAGCUCCAAUUCAAGGACGGUGACAGCGACGUAACCAGGCUAAAGAAAUUGUUGAGUUGGUCUUCAACUUACAUGAAUUUACCAAACGGAGACUCGGAACAUUUUGAUGUGUUUAGCUAUAUCACAGAGUAAGUAUAUGCGUCAUACAUACAUAUACUUUAUUUAUGCUCGAAAUUUACAGAGUAGCUGAUCUGAUCUGGAGAAACAUUAAUGGGGGCACUGCGUAUCACGUAGUGCGCAUAACAUUGUGACUUCAAAGGUGGCGGUGAUUCUCACCAGUUGCCUAAUAAGAGGUAAUUAAAGCUUCCUUUUGUAGUCCAAAUGCUUUUAAUAGCGAUUUUUAGAACUCUUUCCGGCUAAAGAGGUGUUUGUCUUGAAACUCGCCCCAGUCCCCUCGAGUAAAAUGAUCAUUUGAAGCCGAAAUUGUCCCUUGUUGUCAUUUUACGAUGAAACGAGAGCAGUGACCCCCCUUUUUAUUUGUGCUUUUUACCCGUUAUAGAUACACAAAAAAUAUAUAUUAAGGAGAAAAAACUGGAUAGAAGAAGUUGUAUUUUUCUAAAUAUGAACAACACGAAACUCCGCAUGUAGAGCCACAGAAAAAUAUGAGAUAAUGUUAAAAUUGUCCAUUUCUCUACAAUUUUUUCAAAAUCAGGUAAUUUGAAGUCACUUAAUAGAAAAAUAGUUUUUGCUAUGUGAUAAUAGUUUUUGUCGCUUAUCGAUGUUUCGAACGUUUCGGGCGCAAUUAGGAAAAAACACUCAGUAUUACGGUCAAACAGAGCGAAAACAAGCACAUUGAUCCUGUCCUUUUAUUGCGGUUUUUUGAAUGUCCUAUAUGCGGCUGACAUUUCUGCCAAGUUUGAAAAAAACAUAGUACAUCCUUUUCAAGGGAAUUAUCUUAAAAUAUCGUAUUUAUUCGAUUAGACGUCACAUUCAAAUAAACCCCUCCCUCCAUUAAAUGCCGCACCCAACCAGAAGAAAGUUGAAGAAGGCGGUGUUUAUCGGUACAACUCGGUAUUCUACACCAUCCGUUCAAUUCCAUUCAAUCUCAGCAUAAAAGUGCACUUUUCGCUUUUACAUGAUAUUGACGAAUACCGUAAUUGCUGUCACUGAUUUAAGGAAUGUGAUUUUGAAAUAAACUCCGCCCUCGAAUAGUGUAGGCAGGUAAUCAGUAAAAACUGAACUACGCAUCACUUUUGUGACUGUUUUGGUUGGGGCCUUGAAAGCUCGAGAAAGUGGGAAAGGCACAGCGUACAGUUUGUGUGUGACUUACUGCAAUUCGCCUAGAAUUACGUAUCUUUUAGCGUUUUAAGGAUGUCGUAGUGGCAAGAGCACAGUCAUCCCACCAAUGUAUUCCGGGCUUGAGUCUUGGAGUUGACGUCACUGCCAUUCGUUUUCACAGACAUAAAAUUUCGUGACGCCGCUACUAGUUUCCCUGCGAAAUGAAGUCUGAGGAACGUACGCGGAAAUUCCUCACUGAUGACGUGUCACUACCCAGAUCUGAUUAGAGCUGCUCAUUGGUUUAAGCAAAUUUCUGUAGCCUGCGAAAACAUCCGCGAAGAGCAAGGAGAAACGGGUGUUUUCCCAGGCUAAAAUCUCUCUCGAGGCACGAACAAUCAGAAGCACUACCCAGAUCAGGGUAGUGACACGUCGUCAGCAUAGAAUUUCUGCCCUCGUUCCUCCAACGUCAUUUUGCGCAGAAACCAGUGGUAGACUGCGAGCAGUCUACCACUUUUCCUUCAGAUUUAGUGAGAGCAAUGCACGCGGGCGGGAGCGGCAAAGCCGCGAGACGAGCGAAACGAGGGCGAGUCACGCGCGUGGCCAUUUGCGUGUCUCGUGUUUUGCUCGACGGACUACAGAAAAAAGAGAGACUGCUCGUAGUCUAACCAGUGGUCGCGUCGCAAAAUGUUUGCUGUUUUCUUAGGCCAGUGUAAAGAAAACGAGGCUCGCCGCGUGACAAAGGUCUAUGGUUUCAUGCUUAAUGUCACUGAACAAUGUUGCAUUUCUCCAGCUUCUAGUAAGGAGGCGUUCCUGCCAUCUGGGAUAUUAUCAUGUGUAUUCUUAAGACAUGAAAACGAUGCACCUGGCCUCACUCUUCUGGCCAAAUUGCGUAUCGCAUUAAACAGAGCUCUCCCAAUACGGCUUUCCGCCAACAUCAAUCAUUGACUUAAUAAUUAUUAUGUAAAGGAACAUGAAGCAUGAAAAACUGUUCUGAUUGUGCUUUUUCAAUAUUAUUUUUGCAGCAAAGUGGUCGGAGGUAAGUACAACUUUUUGAAAGUACUCGUUUCGUUAUUAGGGAGUUUAUGAUCUAAGUAAGGUGACGGCGGCGAGAACGUCAAAAAAAAAACUCUCUUAUAUGACCUAUACGGGUAAGUGCCGCUGGUCAGGGUAUGGUUUUUGACGUCUCUGUCCUAAUCAUGGUAUAUAAUUUCGUGUGAGUCUGUCAGCAGGGUAUGGCCUGCACGAUUUAUUUGAUUUCCUAGAUUAAAGUACAAACAUUAACCACAAAGGAGUGCAAAGGACCGCAAACGAAAUAUGCCGGAAAACGUAGGAUCUAUAAAGACCUGAUCAGCAAAAAUGAAAAGUAGACAUAUUAAAUUCUGCAAGCAGAAUACUGCAAUGCUGAUCGUACUACGUGAAAAUUAACUCUGCAAGACAUCAACACGACACCGAAAGAACUCAAAGCAGAGCGGGAUUGUAGCCAUAGACAGCUGUUUCGCCCUCGUUGGGGCUCCUAGAUGAAUUUUCUUUGUACUCCAAGUAUACAAAAGCAAUGACUAUAACGUGAAUUUGCUCUGGCGUGCAUUUUGUCCUUUGCUCUAAACAGGGUGAGGGUGUUGUCUUGAUCACAGUAUGUAUUGAAGGAAUUUUUUGUCCUUAACAGGGUCAGGGUUUCAACCCCUCAGCGGCUCACCUGUACCACCAACGAUUGGUGAUGAUUGGUGAUGGUCGAGUACCCCUCGCGGGAACGUGGUCCUACGACCAAGAGAAAUAUUUACCUCACCCCACUGGUAGAAAUCUAUACGGUAUCCUCGAGGAAGUUAUUUGGGCGACGGGUUAGGUUGGAUUUGGAAAACUUUGCUUACAACUAAAAAAUUUCUACCUCCCCCCAUCUAAGUCAGAAGUAACGAUACUUCACUUAACCUAGUGCGUAGCCCCCCCCCCCACAACGUGCGUACUGCAAUCAUUGUUAUACAAUCAUUCGUGUUUUGUUUUAUUUGUAUUUGUAUUUGUAUUAGGUCGCGCCAUAGCAAACCGCAUGUGUGCUCCCAGGCUACCCAAUGGCAACAUAAACAGUGACGUGGGUCUCCAGUCAGCUCUUUAUAUCGCGCACGAGACAGGCCAUAAGUAAGGUUACAUAAAAAUUUGGUAAACAUGUAGCAGUAUGAUACUACAUGAGAAUGAUAUAUUUUUACAUAUUUCAAUAGUUCAGUAGCGUGUGUACAGCCGCCCCCUCCCCUCUCCUCCAAUAAAAUUGGAAAGGAGGGGAGCAGUUGUACACCCCAGGCUAUGGUUCAGUUGUAGCAGCAAGUGCGAGAGGCGCUGACUCAUGACUUAAACCUCAUUGGUAGGGCCUACACGUUAAUACCAUCUGUUUUUCAUGGUUUGUCGCAUUGAUGGAGUUUUCAGAUAUUUUUUCAAUAGUUCACUAUUCCAGCACUACCCUUUACUACCCCCAAAAAAAAAAGGGUUAAAGUUCUGACUCUUUGGUUGGAUAACGUACGUUUUUUUUUUGUAUUUGCAGCGCUUUUCUUGGCCACGAUGUAACACCUGAAUGCCCAACAGGUAGGUACAUUAUGUCUGGGACACUUCCCUCUGGGAUCUAUGCUGCCACAUGGUCCAACUGCUCAAGCCGAGUACUUCAAAGUUUUCUGGGGUAAGUGGGCUUUCAUUUUAGCUGUUGUCAACUUAAUAAUUGCAGAAAAGCAGUACUAUGCUAUGUGGCGCGGCAAUGCUGUAUACUUUUGACUGGUGUCAGUGGUUGCCUUUUGUGUCAUAUUUAUAUUUGAGACUUGAGUUGAAGAUACAUUCUGAUACAAUCAACUGCCUUUAUUGCGGACGCCGUAGGGACCUCGAGUUAAUGUCGUUAUUAGUAAACAGGCAUUUAGCUCCUGUCCGUAGUAUCGGGGUGUCCGUUAUAGCGAGGUGUCCGCAAGGCGAGAGUUGACUGUAACGACCUUACACAACAUGAUUUUAAUAUUUAUUAUUUAUUAUUUUAUUAUUUUGUUAUCCUGUUAAAACAGGAGUAUUUCGCAUUAACUUAUAACUAAUUCUAAUUAUCACUAAUUCUUUAAAUUCUAUCCAAAGAAAUAUUUGUAUCUUUUUCUUUUCUUUUUUUUUAAACUCUUAAUUAAGUCGAACCUUCCGUAAGCGAAGGCCCAAAAUGGGAAAAUUUAGUGGUCGCUCACUGGAGGUGAUCGCUUAUAAUACAAGAAUCGAACCACAGGGGUCUCUUUCGAGAGUAGGUCUCGACGCAUUUCCUUUUUGGCAGAGAAUUACAUUCAAAUUCGUUGUAUCGCGCUGCGCGUUUUCCUGUUCAAUCAAUCAUCUUAGCGGACCUCUUAGGAAAUACAUGUUUACUUGAAUUCGAUCCACUUUGUUUGUCUCUGUGUUUCUCGGUUCGUUGCUUGUGAUGGCCCUGUUUCGGGCAAUAAUCGACUAGUUUUCUCUGAAAAUUUUUCUGAUCUUUCUUUUUCUUGUCUCUUGCAAUAAUAAAGCAAUGUCUGCCUCCUGCCCUUUACAAAAAUUCCACUCAUCAUCGCGAUUUCCUUCGCUAUUCUUGAGCAGUCUUGAGUCUUUCUUGGUUUUGUUUUUGCGGUCCAAGCUGGGCGUGCGCGUUGAGUUGUGAUUUGCAUCAACCCCGCCCCCACUCAAAUGAUUGAAAAAAACAGAAAAACUCAUUCGAAGUUUUCGUGUAGUUCCUUGUUAAGUUGUCGCUGUUCUUCGAGAGGUUAAAAACUAUGGAAAUUAUACACUCCAGAAAGUCAUCGUGGUCGCUUAGGAGAGGUUCAAAUUAUUGGGCUUUGACUGGGAAAAUUUAGUUGUUUUGGAUCGCUUGUCGCUCAUGUAAGGUGGUACUUACUGGCUUACAUUUUAUCCCUCUUUCCUCACAUCAAAUCAUGUAAAACGUUGCUUCUUUUAGAAAGCAGCUUGACCGGCGUCAGAUUGGAGAAAUAUGUCACCAAUAAAAGUACUUGAAAAUCAAGGCUAUCAUUUCACUCCUUUCGAAGUUUGAUACUAUACCGGUCUCCUUGUGAUACAAAAAGUCUUAUAAACACUGCGCACCCACAGGUGGUCGUUUUCUUUUUUAAAGUUAAUUAACACCGCAAAAUAAAAAAAAUUAACAUAAAAAUUAGCCUGUUCCAGGCUCCAAGAUAGUGGGGAAAUUGAAGCGAGAAAAGUUGCGCGAAAACCGCGCGGGAGCUGGGGAGAGACGGAGCCUAUAUAAGCAGUGUUUUCAAUACCUAAUUACCUAAUUCCGGUAUACCAGCUCCUUGGUCAAUUGUGACAGUUUACUUCAACAAUUACGUCAAUCAUUUGGCUUCGCGCGCGCACAGUCAACCAACAUGUCCAGCACCUGAAACCCUCCUACAGCAAUUUUUUGACGUUUUGACACGAGAAACGGGGAUCAAUUUAGGUUUCUUGGAAACUGCCCACCUACCCCUCCCCAAAGCCAUCAUUUUGCCCUAAGCGAGAAGUAAGUGUUAAUGUUAGCUUAGGGGAGAGGUAGGUGGGCAAUUUCUCCGAAACCUAAAUUGAUCUAGAAUCGGUUUGUCGGGAAGUGGGAUGGGGUAAUUGGCGGAUGAGGUAUUUAAAAAGAUGCUUACUGGCUCUCCCCAUCUCUCUUCACGCCUUUUUUCCCUCGUUCGCUAUUUUACUGCUCCGUCAAUUUUUUUCUGCUCGUCUGCACUGACCGAGAGCCCGGCACAGGCCACGUGACAAUAUAAAAGUAUUUCUAUUCACCAUUGUCAUCAUCAUCAUCAUCAUCAUCAUCAUCAUCAUCAUCUCACCAUCGUUAUCGUAAUCUUCUUCAAAUAUCAUAUCGGCCAUUAAUUUGACAGCGAGAUUAAGAGACCAUGUUCACCCGGUUACGUAUGCUUAACCUAAGAAUGGACGGUAAAAGAUGAAAAAAAAAACUAUCACAUUCAGGGACAACUUGGUCAAGACUCGAGUCAGAGAAUUCCAGGACGCACAACGUUCAUUCCAGCAUGUGUACUUGACACUUACGAAGUGUAAUAGACUCUCGCAGACGUGGUCGAAAUUUUUUCUGGGUAUUUACUUUUUCCCUGAAAUGCAAAGUUAAAACUGUAAACCUUCUUUCAGAGUCUGAGUAUUUGUUAUCAUCAUCAUCGUCCUCGUCACUAUAAUCAUCAUUAUAAUCAAAUUCAUUAUCAUCAUUUUUAUUAUAUAAACACCAGUGAAAUACCAGGUGAGCUUUCGCGCGAAAACUUGAUAUCUUCACGUGGGAAAAUAACACGUUAUCUUCACAUGUGAAAAUAUCACCGUUGCUAGGGCUACAUAACAGAUCGCGCCUUUCACACCAAAAAACUAUUAAAGUGAAAUGGUUUGGUAGUUCAUUGGUGUUUAUAUAAUAAACAGAACAUUACAUGACCGCUUGGAGAUACGAAAUUUCUCUUCUAGUGUUGAAAAAACAUUUCACUCGUUCUCUGCGCUCACUCGUGAAAUAUUUUUCCACACUCGAAGAGAAAUUUCGUAUCUCCGCGCGGCCAUGUAAUAUCCUCUAUUUCUCGUUUUUUUUUAAAUAUGGAUCGUCGUCUAGAAAGCUACUGAAGACUUUAUCAUGGCGCGUGUUUUACAGUAAAAACCCGCGACUAAGAACCUACAUUUUCUCAAGUUAGCCUAAACAGGUUCUUAAAUUUAUGGUAUUAAGCACAAAUUUAAGUUAUGUAGGUUCUUAAAUAGGCUCUUAUUUUCUGAAGUAAAAAUGGAUUGUAGCUAACAGUACUUAAUAAAUGGUCUUCAGCUAAUUCCCUAUAUAAGGUACGCAUACCUAUGUCUCCAAAGAGGAUCCUGAAUGUUGACUUAUCUUAUUUCCCUAAGUGUACAGAAUUGUUCCUAUAGAUUUAAAAAAAACAGAACCUGUUUCAAAUUUUAGGCUAAACAGUUUCCCGUAUAGAUGGGGCCUAACUGGCAAAUUUUAGCCUAACGGGUUCUUAAAAACCAAUUUCUUAGUCGCGAGUUUUUACUGUUUCUUCUUUAAUCUCAUAACAGGGGGGACCGCUCGAAGUGUUUAGAUAAUUCACCGUUUGAUUACCUAGAGGCGCCUCGACUUCCACUCCUUCCUCCAGAAGACCAGCAUAAACUGCCUGGUGAGGUGUUUGAUGGGGAUAAGCAAUGUAGAUUUCAAUACGGCCCUGGAUGGAAAAAAUCUAACUAUCGUCCGGUAAGUGGCCAGGAUCGAGAAUUAGAUUAGUGACUUGGUACUCAGAGGCGGCGGAGCGUUUUGAAACGUGGGGGCAGCGUGGGGCCUCAUAUUUCACUCAGUGUGCGGUCCUGGGAACUUGUCAGGGAUCACGUGACCCCUGUCGUGUUGUUCUGUUAGUCCGAACCAUGUGCUUGUUGACUCGUUGUGUUCGGUGAGGGUAUUUGAGCUGUUUAGUCGCUCGAUACACUACACUCAGCCAUGAGCAUAUCCCUACUCAAAUAUUCCAAAAUGCCCUUUGCGUUGUUUGUUGGCACAAGCAAACAUCUUAGUGUAUCCGUAAUGGAUUUUUGUUCAGGCGUUCCUGCUUCAUGGUACUUCUUAGGUAGUUCUUCAGUCGUCUGAGGGAAGAAAAUUUGCGCUCUGGUGUCAACGAUGCCACGUGUGCCCCCAAAUUUUUGUUUGGGGGAGCCACGGCCCCCCUGCUCCCCCUGCUUCCCCUGCUCCGCCACAAAUGGUACUGUUGAGAUAGUCAAGACAGGUAGCUAUUUGUUUAUUUUUUUCUUUUGUUUGUGUGUGUGUGUGAAGGGGAGAAAUGCAAGAGCCCAAUAGGCGAAUCCUUGCCAUUAGCAUACGGGUUAGGCGUCUCCGUAUACACAAAUAGGGUUCAAAAGUUGCAAGAGCUGGUUAAUUUGAGCAGUUUGUGGAAGUUUCUGCUCUUUACAAUCAAUAACAAAGGAAACAGCAGUAAUCAAAAUCUGCGAAAUCGCUCGGUAGCAAAAACAAUAAUGAGGCCCUAUAAACAGGGGCGGAUCUAGGGGGAGGGUGCAGGAGGUGCGCACCCCCCCCCCCCGCCCGAUGAUCUGCGGCUUUCUAAUACAACUGGUAUUCUGUAUUAGAAUUUGUUUACGUCACCAGUCAGUUACGCCAUUCCUUAUUGGUGCACCCAUCCUAAGAAAAAUCCUAGAUCCGCCCGUGGUAAAGGUUGGGCGUUUUCUAGCCUAUUCCAGGCGUUCAGAUCGUGGGGACGGCGCAAAAUGAUGUGAGCAGAAAAAAACAGCGAGGGGGAGGGGUAGGGGCCGAGAGCGAGGGAACGCCUGUAGUACUUUUUAACAAAAGCUCGUUCCGGUAUACCAGAUUCUGGUAUACCCUAUGAUUGGUAUAUUUUGACAGCUGUUGUUAGCACUCGCGGGUUCAUUACUUUGAUUGGAAAUGUAAUGGGUUAGCAAUGAGAUUGCACAUCAGGUUAUCUUGAAGCGAAAUAAGUAACACGCUUAAUGUGGAAUAUCAUCCCCGAAGAACAGGAAAAAUCGUUGUGAGGCUGGAUCUCGUCAGCGGAAAGUAGGGCUUCGAAAUUUUACCAUUUAUUCGCUUAUAAACGAGCCAAGUUCUCUUCAGGAAUAUUAAAUACGCGCAUGAACCUUCUAUUGAUAUGAGCCUUUGUUCAAAGUGCGAAUACAGCUGUCUCUCCUUGCUCCUCGCUGUUAGGGACGUUUCGCCUUAUGCGGCUACUUAAGGUGGCUGAACACAGUUUUGCAGGCGGUCAGCGGCAACUCGCGUGACGGCGAGUGUUUUAAAUUAGACAAACAAACAUUGUGGCGAAAAAUCAAUGGUACACAGGUGACGAUUUCUCAAAAUCUACUCAUUAAAAUUUUGUGAUAUUUGGCAGAAGUUUUGCUUUUAUCGUAUUUUAAAUAAUGAAAACUUUAAAAUGGAAGUUGAACAGACGAAUUUUGUGACACAUUUAAUAAUUACAGUACAACUAUAUUAUUGAUUAUCUAAAAACCCGUCUGUUAAAAUUUGGUCAAAUUAGUUUGAAAUGGUAAUGAUUACUUAUAAUAAGCCGUGUGCAAGUUUAUAGGAAAAUCUAAUGAGCGAAUUUUAUGUAGACUCAGCAAAAGUGAAAUUUUAAGGUUGUAUUCAGUCGUUCAUGUUGCCAUGGAAACUGCAAAAACGUCAAAUCUUACCUGUCAAUCAAAAUCUUUCAUCAGUUUAUUUUUGCCAUGAUUUAGCAAAUGACAUAUACUCACAAACUGCCUAAACUGUGUUCAGCAACCUUAAGUACAACAGCUUAACAGCGUUGGAGUCGCUAUAACAGUGGGGAAGCGUUAGCCUGUUCCAGGCAUUCGGAUAGUGUAUUGUGGCGCGGAGUAAGAGAGCGGGAAAAAAAUAAGGAGGAAGAGAGGAGGGAAUGCCUGUGAGAUUGGUGGAUCAAUUUAGGUUUCUGAGAAACUGCCCACCUACCCCUCCCCUAAGCCAACGUUAUCAUCUACUUCUCUCUUAGAGCAAAAUGGUGGCUUAGGGGAGGGGUAGGUGGGCAGUUUCCCAGAAAACUAAGUUGAUCAGAUUUGUUUUCAAGAGGUCAUUCCGCCCACAUUGUCGGCUAGUAAUCCGACCAAGGUUUCUGGUGUUAAAAUUGGUCAAUCAAGCAACGGGUGGCAAACCGCGCUGUUUACUGAAUUAUUUUUGAAAAACAAGGUCAACUCCAGCCUUGUUUUCACCUGCAUCUUUAAAAUGGGCUCUUGAGACCUAUUGAUUUUUUGCCUUUCUCGUUGCCGUCCCCGUUUAGCAUUACACGAUUUUAUUUUUUGUUUGAGUAAACUGUAACUAUAUAAACGAGAUCUUCGCCUUAAGCCUUGACUAAAUCUAUAUAUUACCCCCUCUAUACAAUUCAGCAGUUGUAUCAUUGUAAUCGAAGGUGAACAAGGUGAGCAAGAGGUUCGUUGAACACGGUAAAAAAGAGGCUUAUGAUUGGUUGUUGUAACUCAUUAUUUACCGCUUAUUAAGAUAACCUACUCGUCCAUGUACCUUGCAGUGGCUGAUCUAGAGGAGCACCCCCCUGCCUUUUGGAGACCGUCCCCUCCUUAUCUCAGGAUCAAAAUGCCCCCCAUCUGAAGGUCUGGAUCGGCCACUGACUUUCACUUAUAAUUGGUUCUUUAGGGAGUCUGUUCCUCGCUGUACUGCAUAAAGGGAGGCGUUGAAUUAAGUCGAGCUGCUCCCGUUGCUGAUGGAACUCCAUGCGGAAUACGUAACGUAAGUACCGUCGCUUGCAUCUAAGCAUGUACACGUGAUGAAAAAACAUGUUCUAAUUGAGUGAAAACAAGACCUGUUUAGCCGCCAAGUGGCGUUAGAAGAAUGUUCACGUGCAAAGUAGGUAACUGUUUGUCCACUUGAUUUGUUUUCGAACAACAAAAUAUUCAUGGCAAAACAUUAAGAAGAAUUUAUGGAGUUGUGAAACUCCAAAGAAUAAUUCUUAAAAGCCAGUGUGCAGUUUCUCAGCGAGAAAUAUUACUGAAAUUGAGAAAAAAAAGAUGAGCGGAACGCGCUGAUCAAAAACAUGUAAACAACUUAAACUUUGGGGCGACAGUUCAAACUGCAAAUGUAUGGUGGCAAAACACGUCAUUUCUGGCACCCUGUUACAUGGGGAACAUGUUUUUUUUUUACUCGUGUCCACGCUUAGAUGUAACCGACGGUAAUAACUCAUAAACAUAAAACAACGAAUACAACUCUUGUUGAAUAGAACGGUAAGGCUUGAGAAAAACUUCUCAAACUCAUUGAUUAUUCAUGCAGUCAAAAGCCGAUAAAUGACUACCAUUUAGGUUAGGUGGAUGAUUCUUGAUACCCAACGAAACAUCGGAUGAAACACCCCCACUGACCAGAUUUUCAUUUCAGAUGAAAGAUGUUUUUCACCUGAGAACAAACACUUACAUUUAGUGAGAUGUUUUAUUGAUUAACACAACUCAUGGGAGCAAUGCAAUACCAGAAAAAACAAGUCUCUGCAUUAUUUCUUAUUGAUUCAUUUGAGACGACAUGUCAAUUAACUCGGGCUUCGUGCUUCAUCGCGGAGUCCAAACACCUCAAAACAGAUGA